AGCGCACUGGAGCCCCGCGCGCCUGAGCUCAGGGUUGCCGGAAGAUGAGGCUGGACAGACGGAACGAUGGACGUUGAUCCAUACAGCCGACCCGCGCGCAGGACGCAAUGGAUCGUCAGCACCCUGGCUUACCACUACGGACUGGACCGAGGGGUGGAGAACGAGAUCAUUGUUCUCGCCACUGGACUGGACCAGUACCUGCAGGAGAUCUUCCAUCAUCUGGACUAUAAGGGCGCCGGGAAGAUCGCAGUGGAGGACUUCAGCAUCCUGUGUGGUAUUCUGGGACUGAACCGAGAUUUGGAGGAGGAGAGCGGCGAGGGUCCCCUCCCGGGAGAACUCACCUUCAGGAACUUCCACGCCAAACUGUGUGGGUACUUCAGCACCCGAGCUGGCUGUCAGUACGAGGAUGGCAGACGGCUGGUGGGGGAAGACAGCGAGCACAUCGAGACGCAGAUCCGCCUCAGGAGUCCUCUCAAGCGGCGCGAGAAGCUGCUCACUGGCGGCGGGGCGGGCGCGGGAUCCCCGCAGGGGAGACGCGGGUCCGGCUGCAGGCUGGGCUCCUGCUCCAGGGAGUGUUACGAGGAGAUCGUGGCUCUGGAGGAAGCCGAGGACCGAGUGGCCAAGUUGGAGGAGGAGAACGACAGUCUGCGGGAGCUGAUCGAGGACAUGCGAGCUGCGCUGCAGAGCAGCGAUGCUCGGUGCCUGGCGCUGCAGGUGGGACUGUGGAAGAGUCACUCCAAACACAAACCAGAAGAUGGAUGCUUCGUGGCUCAGCAGAAACACUCUGUUGACUUGAGCGCUUCCAGCCUCAGCAGUUGCACCUACAGCAGUCUGAAGAGUGUCCAGGAAAUCAUCCAUGAGAUCGAAGUGCUGCAGGACUCCAGAGAUCGCCAGGCCGAGGAGGCGCUGCUGUCCAACCGGCAGCUGGAGCAGGAACUGUGGAGCUGUAAAGAGACUGUGGCAGCGCUGGAGGAGCGCAACCGAGUGCUGAAACUGGAGCAGGGCGCCAUGAGGAGGAAGGUGGAGGAGGCCAGGCAGGCCUUGCUGACGGGUCUGGGGAAGGUAAAGGAGCUGGAGACCAAAGCCAGCCAUGUGCCGGUCCUGCAGAGGCACAUCCUGCAGCUGGAGUCGGAGCUGCGCUUCUACAGGUCCGAGGUGUCAAACGUGCGACUCACAAUGAGCUCCGGUGCCGAGGGGACAGUGACAGUGGGCAGUAGGACCGGUCAGAGGUGCUGCUCUGACUCCCAACAUGACCGCUGCUCCCCCACCGGACGGGCAGUGACUACUCCUGACAAAAUGGAGGAGCAGCUGUUCCGCUCCGUGGAGGGUCAGGCUGCGUCUGACGAGGAGGAGGACAAGUGGACAGGAUGUCAACAGAGACAAGUGGACGAAGUCAAAAAGAUUCUGACACGCUUGUCUGGGUGCGGGGAAAGAUGUGAGGACAAAGCUUUCAGAAAGCUGAUGUCCAACUUUGGGAGCUCCCGCAGCGAGGAGAGCUGCAGCGCUGUCGUUGAGCUGCUGGAGAGAGUGACCAAGUUACACAAGCAGCUGGAGCAGAGAGAAGGCGGAGCCCAGAUGGACACAGAUCAGAUCCUGGUCCAGGAGCUGCAGCAAAAGGCAGAGGAGACCGAGCUGCUCCAGAUGGAGCUGCAGAUGCUGGAGACGGAGCGGGUUCGUCUUUCUCUGGUGGAGGAGAAACUAGUGGACAUCCUGCUGCUACUGCAGCAGCUCCGAGACCUGAAUGUCUCCCGCAGGUCUCUGGGGAAAAUCCUGCUCAGCACAUUGGAGUCUUGCAGCGACCCUCAACACGGAAAGGCCCACAUCCUGGAGGUUCUCAAUGCUCUCUAUCAUGAGCUGGCUGCCUGCGAGGUUCUGUCGACUGGUGGACUUCUGGAGCGCUCAAAGAGCCAGCAGUCGCUCAAUGCGCUCAUCAUCUCCUGCUAAGCAAGACUGACCCCUGUUGGAGUCUGGAAGACAGCAACAAAAUACACACACACACAUAUAUACAUGUAUAUAUAAAACAUAAAAAAAUCCCAACAACAAUCUUUACACUACUUUUGACAAUGUAAAUACUGUAUGAUAAUGUUACACCGUCCCACUAUGCAAGGAGACUGUCUCUCUCGGCUUGUUAAGCAUGUGGAAAAGAGGACUCAGGAGGCUUACAUGUCCAUGCAGGCACCUCGACUGUUCUGCAGCUCUAUUGAGCCGGUGCUAAUAUGUCUUCGCCACAUGCUUCCAUGCGUUCUCUACGUUGUUAUUGCUGUUCACAAUUAUAUCCACCAGGGGGAGCAGCCCAGAGUCAAAUUUAUGACAACAACAAACUCCAAAACCAACAUGGUGACUGUGGAAGAAGCAUUGAUGGAGCUCUUGCACAAAAGAGGAAACAGAGGUGGUGAUCACUGAGGCCAUUAAAUAUAUAUCGCCACUGGAGGACGGAGAAUUUCCUCCACUGUUGUCUUCUUCGUAUAUCAUUAGAGCUACACAUCAGGAAAUAGCAGCAACAUUGCCCCCCCACUGUUUCCGGUGGUACUGCUCCGUUUUGCCUGCAUCAUACGGUAUGUGCAUUAAUAUGGACUGAGUGAACACAGAGCACAGGCAGAAGGCUCAGGCCGUAUCCGGAUCCAUACAUAACAUUGAGCUCAAAUGGGUCUUUUUUUGAGGGAAUGCACCAAGCCAGGAGCCCCCCCUACCAAGCUUUGGACGUAGGUGAUGGAGCUGUACUGUAUCAGGCACUCGUCUUUACGUUGCGUAUGGAUUUAAAACAUACUGUAUGUCUCAAAAGUGGUAGAGCAGAGAUGUAGGAUCUGCUUUUUUGUUUUUGUUU